CCUCUUCGUAGUAUCGUUUAUAAAAGGUCUCUGGCUUGACGUCAACACGUGGCGUGCGUGUUGUGAAUCGUAUCGUCAUCGUCAAAUCUACGAAAGAGAAAAACUUAUUUCAUUUUUCGGAUAUUCGAGAUUAUUGUGAAGUUUUUAAUUAAAUAAGAUUCGGCCAGACAAGUGUUGCUCUCGUGUGUGUGUUAAUAAUGUUUAAUGGCGAUCGAGUGAGAAAGUAAAAGAAGAAGAAGAAGAAGAAGAAGAAGAAGGAGAAGAAGAAGUGGAAGAAUAAAGAAUAAUUAGAAGAGAAGAAGGCAGUACUUUUUCUUUUUUCUUUCUCUCUAUUUCUCUGUCUCUUUCUCUUUAUAUUUCUUUGUAUUUUUGUCUAUCUGUCUAUCUGUCUGUCUGUCUGUCUGUCUGUCUGUCUCUUUUCAUCAGUGCUUCAACAGGUGUUUCGUCCUGUGCAAUUAAAAAAAAAUCGUAGACGUUUACUAAAUCGCAAGGGUUUUGAAAAUUGGUAAAAAAGGACAAAACUAGAGAAAGAGAGAAAAAGAGAGAGAAAGAGACAGGAAGAGUGAGAGUGAGAGUGAGAUAGAAAGAGAGUGAGAAAGAUAUUAGAGGAAGAAUACCAGAAAAAAGAGGGGAGUGUGUACGUCGCGUGGAGCAGGUAGUCGACAAUAUCUUUGCUCGGCGACCAUCGUUGUUGUCAAGAUGGCGUCGAAAGGGAAGCUGGCCACCGAACAUGGCCGCUCAGAUUCAUACAGGGUCGCCACAUUACCCAACAUUCGCGAUGACAACAAAACGGCUGAUGGAAUGUACAAGUCGCGGCGAAAGAACCCAAAGCGGAAGGGAGAAAAUUUGGACGAUUUGAAGCAAGAGUUGGAUAUCGACUUCCACAAAAUCACACCCGAAGAACUUUAUCAAAGAUUUCAGACGCAUCCUGAAAACGGCCUCAGUCACGCGAAAGCAAAGGAGAACCUUGAAAGGGACGGACCGAAUGCUUUAACGCCACCAAAGCAAACACCAGAAUGGUUAAAAUUCUGCAAGAAUCUAUUCGGUGGUUUUGCCCUAUUACUAUGGAUCGGUGCGAUCCUUUGUUUCAUCGCAUACUCAAUUCAGGCAUCGACGAGCGAGGACCCGAACGACGACAAUCUUUACCUCGGGAUCGUUUUAGCGGCGGUCGUCAUAGUUACCGGUAUAUUCUCGUAUUAUCAGGAAAGCAAGUCUAGCAAGAUAAUGGAAUCGUUCAAGAACAUGGUACCGCAAUUCGCGACGGUGAUAAGAGAAGGCGAAAAGUUAACACUUAGAGCGGAAGAUUUGGUAUUGGGCGACGUUGUAGAGGUCAAAUUUGGUGAUCGUAUACCAGCGGAUAUUAGGAUUAUCGAGUCACGAGGAUUUAAGGUGGACAACAGCUCGCUCACUGGCGAAUCGGAGCCCCAAUCAAGGUCACCGGAGUUCACGCACGAAAAUCCAUUGGAAACGAAAAAUUUAGCAUUCUUCUCAACCAAUGCAGUAGAGGGUACGGCAAAGGGCGUUGUUAUCUGUUGCGGUGAUCAAACGGUCAUGGGUAGGAUCGCUGGAUUGGCAUCUGGUCUUGAUACCGGUGAAACCCCGAUCGCUAAAGAAAUCCAUCACUUUAUUCAUCUUAUCACAGGUGUGGCCGUAUUCCUUGGAUUAACGUUCUUUUUAAUAGCCUUCAUUCUUGGUUAUCAUUGGUUGGACGCCGUUAUCUUCCUUAUUGGUAUUAUCGUCGCUAAUGUGCCGGAAGGAUUAUUGGCUACCGUAACUGUUUGUCUUACGUUAACUGCUAAAAGGAUGGCCUCGAAGAAUUGUCUCGUUAAGAAUCUCGAAGCCGUAGAAACUCUUGGCUCUACGUCUACCAUCUGUUCCGACAAAACCGGUACCCUAACCCAAAACAGAAUGACCGUCGCUCACAUGUGGUUCGACAAUCAGAUUAUCGAGGCCGACACCACCGAAAAUCAAUCUGGAUUGCAAUACGAUCGCACCAGUCCUGGAUUCAAGGCAUUGUCGAAAAUCGCUACACUUUGCAAUCGUGCCGAAUUUAAGCCGGGCCAAGAGAACGUACCGAUUUUACAAAGGGAGGUCAAUGGCGAUGCUUCUGAGGCUGCCCUUCUCAAAUGUAUGGAACUUGCACAUGGCGAUGUUAUGGGUAUGAGGAAGAAGAAUAAGAAGGUCUGCGAGAUACCGUUCAAUUCUACAAACAAGUAUCAAGUAUCGAUCCACGAAUCCGACGAUCCUAACGAUCCGCGACAUCUGUUGGUUAUGAAGGGCGCACCAGAAAGGAUUUUAGACAGGUGCUCGACCAUAUUCAUCGGCGGUAAGGAAAAGGUAUUGGACGAGGAAAUGAAGGAGGCAUUUAACAACGCAUAUCUUGAACUCGGUGGGCUCGGUGAACGUGUACUUGGUUUCUGCGAUUUCGUACUGCCGUCCGACAAGUUCCCGAUCGGCUUCAAAUUCAAUUCCGACGACCCGAACUUUGCGGUAGAUGGAC